AUGGACAAUAUAUCUCAUUUUACUGUGUUCACUCUCUCUAAAUUGGAAGAAUCAAUGUCAGUCAAACAUACAUAUUUAGCUCUCUCUAUUGCUGUGUAUUUUCUCAUAAUUCUAUUGAAUGUGAUUUUGAUAGUGACAAUCCUAUUGGAGAAAUCCCUCCAUGAGCCCAUGUAUAUUUUCCUGUGUAGUCUGUGUAUUAAUGGACUACUUGGAACAACUGGUUUCUACCCUAAAUUCAUAUAUGAUUUAAUCUCUGAUACCCAUGUGAUAUUUUACAAUGGGUGCUUCUUGCAAUUCUUUGUCAUCUACACGUCGGCACUGUGUGAGUUUACUACAUUAUCAGUGAUGUCUUAUGACAGGUAUGUGGCAAUAUGCAGACCCUUAGACUAUCACUCUGUUAUGACACACAAAACUGUAGUAAAUUUACUGCUGUUUUCCUGGCUUUUACCUGCUGUCUCUACAGCUAUAGGACUUCUGUUGACAAACCAGCUGUCAUUAUGUGGAUCCCACAUUGACAAACUCUAUUGUGACAACUUGUCCAUGGUGAAGCUAUCUUGUGGAUCCACUAUUAUUAAUAAUAUUUAUGGUUUUUUGGGAAUUGUUCUGUAUGUUUCUCUUGUAAUUCUUAUUAUUGGUUCUUAUAUUAAAUUGAUCAUUGCAUGUAUGAAAUCCACAGAAAGCAAAAUCAAAUUUAUGCAUACCUGUCUGCCACACUUGCUGUCCUUAAUUAAUUUCACAAUUGCUUUAGUUUUUGACGUACUGUAUGCGCGAUAUGGAUCCAAGGAUUUCCCACAAAGUCUACGCAAUUUCAUGGCCUUAGAAUUUCUGAUAAUCCCACCUGUUUUUAACCCCUUAAUUUAUGGAUUAAAAUUGACUGAGAUUCGCAAAAGAGCCUUCAGAGCUGUUAAAGUCAAAGGGAUGGACCUUUUCAAUAUAAAAACGAGGUAA